CAAUCCCUCUGCGUUUGUCAUCAAGCCUAGGAGAAGCAAAAGUAGUCAUUCGUACAGUUUGUGAACCAUCCCCAUUCUCCAAGAUCGAGGAAGAUCGAGCUAGCUAGCUAGGUUGUGUUGGAAGGGGAAGAAGACCUGCAGGGGCCAGAUGGUGCGGUUGAGGACGAUGGCUCUCCUCCUUGUUGCAGUGACCGCUGCUGCGGUGGCCGGCCUUGCCGCUGCCAAUUUCCGGGACGACUGCGACAUCCCGUGGGAGCCCCAGAACGCCAGGUUUACGAGCGACGGCAACGGCCUCUCCAUGGCGCUGGUCAGCAACUCCUCAGGUUGCAUGCUGAGGACAAAGAAGCAGUACGUCUAUGGGACCGUGUCAACACUCAUCCAGCUCGUCCCAGGCAACUCGGCCGGCACUGUCACCACGUACUACGCAUCCUCUGUUGGAGACAACCAUGAUGAGAUCGACUUCGAGUUCCUGGGCAACGUGAGCGGGCAACCAUACACCUUCCACACCAACAUCUACGCCAAUGGCGUGGGCAACAAGGAGAUUCAGUUCAAGCCCUGGUUCGACCCCACCACCGGCUACCACAAUUACACCAUCUCCUGGAGCCCCUGCAUGAUCGUGUGGUACGUUGACAGCGUCCCCAUCCGCGUGUUCCGCAACUACCAGCAGAGCUACGGCGUGGCGUACCCGACGAGCCGCCCCAUGCACGCAUACUCCAGCAUCUGGGCGGCGGAGGACUGGGCCACGCAGGGCGGCCGCGUCAAGACCGACUGGUCCAAGGCGCCCUUCGUCGCCAACUACCGGAACAUCCACCUCGACAUCUGCGACUGCCCCGGCGGCUACGCCUGCAGCACCAACUGCGCGGCGGCGGCGGCGCCCAACAGUGGGGCGUGCCAGCUCAGCCCCGAGCAGCGGGGGCUCAUGCAGAGCCUGCAGAAAGACUACGCCAUCUACGACUACUGCGUCGACUCCAAGAGGUGGGUCAACGGCGUCAAGCCAACCGAGUGCGGCCUGCCGCAGUACUGACCAUCCACUAUACUACCGAGUCCCGUGUCUUCUUGGGUCGUCCGUGACACCAGGAAAAAGGGCCGAAAUCGUCGGUCUAUGUGUUCUUCUACUAUUAUAUGUGUUCGUUCGUUUGUUUAUUUAUUUCUUACACAUUAUUGAAUCGAACUUCAUUUCGAUGGUUCUCUUUUUUUUCACACUUGUGUUGUUUCUUAUAUAUUUCUCAUACAUAUGAAAAAAAAAUCUUUAUGGGCAUACUCAGCUA